AUGCGACAGUGGUUCAUAAAUACGUGUGGAGGGACGUUAAAAGGACAGAACGGAACCAUAGAAAGCCCGGGUUUCCCGUAUGGAUAUCCCAACGGUGCCAACUGUACCUGGGUCAUCGUAGCGGAACACGACAGGAUUCACAUCGUUUUUCAAUCUUUCGCCGUGGAAGAGGAGUACGAUUUUUUAUCUUUGUAUGAUGGACACCCACAUCCGGCACACUUCCGGACGAGGUUAACAGGAUUUCAGAUCCCGCCUCCCGUCACCAGCACAGGGUCCAUAUUUUCACUACGGCUUACCAGUGACUUUGCAGUAAGCGCUCAUGGAUUUAAGAUGGCUUAUGAAGUGUUAAUGAGCAGCGCCUGUGGGAACCCUGGUGUUCCACCUAAAGGCAUCCUAAACGGGACACAGUUCAACAUCGGGAACACGAUCCGCUACAGGUGUGUGACGGGCUAUGUGUUGGACGGUCACCCCCUCCUUACCUGUGUCCUCAACACAGGCAAUAUGGCCGUCUGGGACUUCCCUGUCCCCAUCUGCAGAGCUGAGAACACGUGUGGCGGGACGUUGAGAGGGUCCAGUGGGAUCAUCUCCAGCCCUGAAUACCUCAGUGAUCUGUCCAACGCUGGGGAAUGUAAGUGGACGGUGCUGGCUGACCCUGGAGACACCAUCUCACUGGUGUUCACUGACUUCCAGAUAGAGGACAAACACGGCUCUCUGGAGAUAGAAGGAUCAGAGCCGCCCAGUAUCUGGUUAUCUGGUGUGAAUAUUCCAGCGCCCGUCAUCAGCAACAACAACUGGCUAAGACUCCAUUUUGUGACCGAUAGGAAUCAUCUGCAUAAAGGAUUCACACUUCAGUAUCAAGUGAAAAGCUCUGGUGAGCUGAAAUCCAGAGGAGUAAAGUUACUACCGGGAAAGGACAACAAUAACAAAUUGUCUUUGAUGAACGAAGGAGGAAUUAAACAGCUGUCCAAUUAUUGCCCGGAUCCGGGGGAACCUGAGAACGGCAAACGCCGAGGCUCUGACUUCAGCAUUGGAGCGACGGCUCAGUUUACCUGUGAUGAGGACCAUGUGCUGCAGGGCUCCAAAACCAUCACCUGUCAGAGGGUGGCUGAGGUGUUCGCUGCCUGGAGCGACCACAGACCUGUCUGUAAAGUGAAAACGUGCGGAUCGACACUCCAGGGUCCAUCGGGGACGUUCACCUCUCCCAAUUUCCCCAUCCAGUACGAGAGUAAUUCCCACUGUGUGUGGAUUAUCACUGCUAGUAACCCCAAUAAGGUUAUCCAGGUCAACUUUGAGGAGUUUGACAUGGAGAUCGGCUAUGACUCAUUGACCAUCGGAGACGGAGGGCAAGUUGGAGACUCACGAACUAUAAUACAAGUCCUGACAGGUAGCUUCGUGCCUGACCUUAUUGUCAGCAUGUCCCAUCAAAUGUGGCUGCACCUUCAGUCUGAUGAGAGCGUGGGAUCUAUCGGCUUCAAGAUCAACUAUAAAGAGAUUGAUAAGGAGAGUUGUGGGGACCCAGGCACGCCUCUAUAUGGCUUCCAGGAGGGCAGUGGGUUUCUGAACGGGAACGUGCUGCGGUUCGAGUGCCAGUUUGGCUUCGAGCUGAUUGGAGAGAGGAUGAUCACCUGUCAGAACAACAACCAAUGGUCUGCUAACAUCCCCAUUUGCAUAUUCCCAUGUUUCUCCAACUUCACGGCGGCCGUGGGCACUGUGCUGUCCCCUGACUACCCAGAGGGCUAUGGGAACAACCUGAACUGUGUGUGGAUCAUCAUCUCUGAACCAGGCAGCCGGAUCCACCUGGCCUUCAACGACUUUGACCUGGAGCCUCCAUACGACUUCCUCACCGUGAAGGACGGAGACCAGACGGGCUCGUCCGUCCUGGGGAGGUACUCGGGAGCCGAGGUGCCGUCUCACUUCACCUCCAACAGUAACAUACUCCAGCUGGAGUUCCAGGCUGACCACUCCAUGUCCGGAAGAGGAUUCAACAUCACCUACAGCACAUUUGGCCACAACGAGUGUCCGGACCCAGGCGUCCCUCUGAACGCCAGACGGUUCGGGGACAGUUUCCAGCUGGGUAGCUCUGUCUCUGUGGUUUGUGAGGAGGGUUUCAUCAAGACCCAGGGCACUGACACUAUCACCUGCCAGCUGGAGGGGGGCAAGGUCAUGUGGAGCGGACCCAUCCCUAAAUGUGAAGCCCCAUGUGGAGGCCACUACUCUGCUCUGUCCGGAGUGAUCCUGUCCCCAGGGUGGCCUGGAUACUAUAAGGACUCCCUCAGCUGUGAGUGGGUCAUCGAGGCGACGCCCGGACGCUCUGUCAAGAUCAGUUUUGACAGGUUCCAGACGGAGCUCAGCUAUGACUUCCUGGAGUUGCAUGAUGGUCCCAACCUGCUCUCGCCUCUGAUUGGCUCGUUCAACGGGACCCAGGUCCCACAGUUCCUGUUCAGCAGUAGUAACUUCAUCUACCUCCUCUUCACCACCGACAACAGCAGAUCCAACAGCGGCUUCAAGAUCUUCUACGAGAUUGUGACGUUGGACACAUCAUCAUGCAUGGACCCUGGGAUCCCGGUGAACGGUGUGCGGUACGGCCAUGACCUGGCCAUCGGGUCCACGGUGUCAUUCCAGUGUGAGCAGGGAUACAGGCUCAGUCAUGAGGAACCGCUGGUCUGUGGGAAAAACCACUGGUGGAGCCAUCCUCUGCCCACAUGUGACGAGUAUAAUCUGGAGCCGUGUGAGGACCCCGGGACCCCCAGGUUUGGCUGGCACACGGGCAUCAGCUUUGGCAUCGGGGACUCGCUGGUUUUCUCCUGCAAUACCGGCUAUCGCCUAAAGGGGGCGAGGGAGAUCUGGUGCCUGGGAGGCGGUCGCCGCAUGUGGAGUGCCCCUCUGCCAAGGUGUGUGGCGGAGUGCGGCUCAACCGUUUCCAACAGCGAAGGAGUUGUGUUGUCGCCCAACUACCCACUGAACUACGACAACAGCCACGAGUGUGUCUACAGCAUUCAGGUGGAGACGGGAAAGGGCAUCAACGUCUCAGCAAGCACUUUCCAACUGGCACAAGGAGACAUUCUCAAGGUCUAUGAUGGAGGGGACAGUGCUGCUGCUGUUCUGGGUACCUACACCGGCUCCACCAUGUUAGGCCUGGUCCUCACCUCCACCUCCAAUCACCUGUGGCUGGAGUUCUACUCAGACCAGGAGCACACAGCAGGGGGCUUCAGACUCAGCUACUCCAGUUUUGAUCUGUCUCACUGCGAGGAUCCCGGGGUGCCUCAGUUUGGGUUCAAAGUCAGCGACCAGGGGCAUUUCGCUGGCAGUGCCAUUACGUACGGCUGUGACCAAGGUUAUUCCCUGCACGGAAGUGGCAUACUCAAGUGCAUGACCCGAGAGAGAAGAGCGUGGGACAACCACCUCCCCUCAUGCAUAGCGGAGUGUGGCGGUAGGUUCAAAGGUGAGUCUACAGGCCGCAUCCUGUCUCCUGGAUAUCCCUUUCCUUACGACAACAACCUGCGCUGUACCUGGACCAUCACUGUCAACUCUGGCAACAUCGUCAGCCUCCAGUUCCUGGCGUUCGACACAGAGGCAUCUCACGACAUCCUGGAGGUUUGGGACGGACCAGCAGAAAAUGAGAUGUCUCUGAGGGAGGUGUCUGGCUCCCUGCUCCCCGAGGGGAUACACAGCACCCUCAACGUCGUCACUGUUCAGUUCCAGACUGACUUCUACAUCACCAAGUCUGGCUUCGCCAUCGACUUCUCAAGUUCAGUGGCGACAGCCUGCAGAGAUCCAGGCCUGCCUAUGAACGGCAGUCGUCACGGAGAUGGGAGAGAACCAGAUGAUACAGUGACCUUCUCCUGUGAUCCAGGAUAUGAGCUGCAGGGAGAGAGCAAGAUCACCUGCAUCCAAGUGGACAACAGAUACUACUGGCAGCCCAGCCCUCCCAGCUGUAUUGCUCCCUGUGGGGGUAAUGUAACAGGAUCAUCAGGAUUCAUCCUCUCCCCCAACUUCCCCCUCCCCUACCCGCACAGCAAAGACUGUGAUUGGCUGAUCGCUGUCCACUCAGACUACGUCAUAUCACUGGCUUUUAUCAGGCAAACCAAAAAAAUAUGUAUAUUUCCAAUGAUAGCUAAACUGCGGGAGGCUUGCUUUGACCCGGGGAACGUUAUGAACGGGACACGCCUUGGGAACGACUACAAGCUGGGCUCCACGGUGACGUUCAGCUGUGAGGCAGGAUAUCUAUUACAAGGACACUCCACACUGACCUGUGUGAUGGGUAACAGCAAGAGGCCUGAGUGGGACCGAGCCAGACCCAGCUGUCAAGCGCCGUGCGGAGGCCGCUCGACAGGGUCAGAGGGGACCGUCCUGUCCCCAAAUUACCCCCGUAAUUAUACCCAGAGUCUGACCUGCGUCUACCACAUCUUUGUCCCCGGGGACUUUGUGCUGUUUGGCCAGUUUGUGGUGUUUCAGACGUUGGCAAGUGAUAUUGUGGAAAUCUUCGACGGACCGACUCCAGACUCUCCUGUCCUCUCGUCCAUCUCCGGCUCUCACUCAGGAGAGACUCUACCUUUAAGUUCUGGGAACAAAAUCACCGUGAAGUUCACCACCGCGGGUCCAGAGACAGCCAAGGGAUUCCAUUUUGUUUAUCAAGCUGUCCCCAGGACCAGUGCAUCUCAGUGCAGCUCUGUGCCGGAGCCCAGGUUUGGGAAGCGGAUAGGAAACGACUUUGGCAUUGGCACGGUGGUGCUGUUUGAAUGCAAUCCAGGCUACGCUCUGCACGGCGCCACUGCCAUCAGGUGUGAGGCCAUCCCGAACACUGUUGCUCAGUGGAACGGCACUGAGCCCACCUGCGUAGUUCCGUGUGGAGGACUGCUGACAUCUCGUAAGGGGACCAUCCUUUCUCCUGGUUACCCAGAGCCCUACGCCAACUAUCUCAACUGUAUCUGGAAGGUCUCUGUGCCAGAGGGAGCAGGCAUCCAAAUCCAGGUCAUAACUUUUGCCACGGAACACAACUGGGACUCCUUGGACUUUUUUGACGGUGUCGAUGGCAACGCGCCAAGGCUUGGCAGCUAUUCAGGUACGACCAUCCCCCAGCUCCUUAACAGCACCUCCAACAACAUCUACCUGACCUUCCAGUCCGACAUCAGUGUGUCUGCAGCAGGCUUCCACCUGGAAUAUACAGCAAUAGGUUUGGAUUCAUGCCCAGAACCUCAGCCUCCCCUCAACGGUGUCAAUGUGGGCCAGCGCUUCACUGUGGGGGACAUGGUUUCCUUUCAGUGUGACCAAGGCUACUCUCUGAAGGGUAAUGAAUACAUAACGUGUAUGCCAGGGCCCGUCAGACGAUGGAAUUACCCCGUACCUCUGUGCUUAGCUCAGUGCGGAGGCUCUAUGACAGACUUCAGUGGUGUGAUCCUGAGUCCAGGCUUCCCAGGGAAUUACCUCAGCAGUCUGGACUGUAGCUGGAGCGUACAGCUCCCCGUAGGCUUCGGCAUUCACCUGCAGUUUCUAAACUUCUCUACCGAAGCGGUGCAUGACUAUCUGGAGGUGCUCAGCGGGAGUUUGGAGACGGGUUCUGUGAUCGACAGGUUCAGUGGGUCCGUUGUGCCCGGCUCUCUGUUCAGCACCACACAUGAAACCAGCUUCUUGUUCCACAGUGACUACUCCCAGAACAAACCAGGCUUCCACAUUAUCUACGAGGCCUAUGAGCUCCAGCGCUGCCCUGACCCGAGGCCGUUCCGUAACGGCGUGGUGAUAGGCCGAGACUUCGGGGUGGGCCUGACCAUCUCGUUUGAAUGCCUGCCAGGUUACACCCUGAUAGGAGAGGUCUCACUCACCUGCCUGCAUGGGGUCAGCAGAAACUGGAACUACCCUGUACCAUGCUGUGAAGCCCAGUGUGGUGGUAAUAUAACGUCUCUGAACGGGACCAUCUAUUCUCCCGACCACCCAGCAGAGUACCCUAACUUCCAGGACUGUCUGUGGAGUGUACGGGUUCCCCCAGGGAAUGGCAUCUGCAUCAACUUCACCGUUCUCAACACUGAACCCAUCUACGACUACAUCACCGUCUGGGACGGCCCUGACCAAGGAUCUCCUCAGAUUGGUCAGUUCAGCGGGAACACGCCCCAGAAAGAGGUCUAUACCACAGCCAAUCAUGUCCUCAUCAAGUUCCACAGUGAUUUCAGCACCAGCGGGUUCUUUGUACUUAGUUACCAUGCAUACCAACUGAGAGUUUGUCAGUCUCCUCCAGCUGUUGCCAACGCAGAUAUCCUCACAGAACAUGACGAGUUUGAAAUAGGGGACAUUAUCCGGUACCAGUGCCUGCCAGGGUUCACCCUGUUGGGCUCGGAGAUCCUGACGUGCAGGCUGGGGGAGAGGCUCCAGAUGGACGGCCCUCCACCUCUCUGCCAAGUACAAUGUCCUGCUAACGAGGUCCGCUUCGACUCCACGGGGGUGAUCCUGAGUCCCGGCUACCCAGACAGUUACCACAACCUCCAGACGUGUUCCUGGCUCAUCAACGUAGAGAAGGGCUACAACGUCACCCUCCACUUCCAGCUCUUCCAGACAGAGAAGGAGUUUGACAUCCUGGAGAUAUUUGACGGUCCUAACAUCUACAGCCAGAGCCUGGCGUCCCUCAGCGGUGACAUCACCACGCCCUUUAACCUCACGACCUCUGGUCAUCAGUUGCUUCUGCGCUGGUCGUCUGACCACGGCACCAACAGGAAGGGCUUCCACGUCAGAUAUGUGGCGAUGUACUGCAGUACUCCAGACUCCCCCCAGCAGGGUUUUGUAGUGAGCCAGACAGGAGGGCAUCUCAACAGUGUGGUGCGUUGGGGCUGUGACCGGGGCUACCGGCUCAUUGGAAAGGCCACAGCUGUCUGUAAGAAGACGGCCUUUGGGUAUUAUACCUGGGACUCAACGGUACCUGCAUGUCAAGCCGUGGCGUGUGGCGUGCCCACUGCACCGCUGAAUGGAGGCGUCCAGGCUGUUGAUUACUCCGUGGCAGCACGGUUAACCUACUUCUGCAACAACGGCUUCAGGCUCUCCUCCAAGGAUCUCACCGCCACCGUCUGCCAGCCUGACGGCACAUGGAGCAACCACAACAAGAUACCUCGCUGCCCAGUGGUGGUCUGCCCCAGUCUGGGCUCCUUCUCUCUGGACCACGGGAAGUGGACGAUCGUCAACGGGUCCAGCUAUGAGUUCAGAACCAAGGUGGUGUUCAGCUGUAACCCGGGUUACUACCGGCUCGGUCCCGCUCACAUCCAGUGCCUGGCCAAUGGGGCGUGGAGCUGGCGGAACGAACGACCUCGAUGCAGAAUCAUUUCCUGUGGAGAGCUGCCCACUCCUCCUAAUGGGAGAAAGAUUGGAACUCAGACUACCUUUGGAGCCUCCGCCAUCUUCAGCUGCAACCCUGGAUACAUCCUGGUGGGCUCCACUGUGAGGGAGUGCAUGCUGUCAGGACUGUGGAGCGGCACAGAGACUCAAUGCCUGGCUGGUCACUGCGGUAUCCCGGAGCAGAUUGUGAACGGUCAGGCGAUAGGGGAGAACUUCGGAUACAGAGACACCGUGGUCUACCAGUGUAACCCUGGCUUCAGACUCAUAGGAUCCUCGGUCCGUAUCUGCCAGCAGGAUCACCUCUGGUCUGGACAGCUGCCGCUGUGUGUCUCAAUCACAUGUGGCCAUCCAGGCAGUCCCAUCUAUGGGAGAACUACAGGGGACGGAUUCAACUACAACGAUGUGGUCAGCUUCUUCUGUAACCAAGGUUACGUACUGGAGGGAGUGUCCAGAGCCCAGUGCCAGGCGAGUCGCCAGUGGAGUCAACAACCACCUUCAUGUAGAGUGGUGAACUGCACAGACCCUGGCAUCCCGGCUAACUCCAUCAGGGAGAGUAAGAUAGAGCAGGGUGAUUUCACCCUGGGCAGUGUGGUGUUCUACACCUGUAACCCUGGAUACUACCUGUUCGGUUCCUCUGCACUGACCUGUCAACCUAUUGGCCACUGGGACAAACCUCUACCUGAAUGUCUUGAGGAGGACUGUGGGAACCCUGGCUCUCCUCCCUACGGUACCAUGGUUGGGGACAAGUUCUCAUUUGGCUCCACGGUACAGUACUCCUGUUCAGGGGACCGAGAGCUGAUUGGAGAGUCAUCACUCACCUGUCAAAUCAAUGGACACUGGAGUGGACCCAUACCUCACUGUUCAGGAGACUCUGUAGGGAGCUGUGGGGACCCUGGUACACCCGUCCAUGCAAGCAGAGAGGCCAGCAACUUCCAUCUGCGUAGUAAAGUCCGCUUCACCUGCGCUGUGGGCCACACACUGUACGGCUCAGCUGAGAGGAUCUGCUUUCCCAAUGGGACCUGGUCUGGGCGACAGCCCUUCUGCAAACCGGUGCACUGUGGUAACCCGGGGACACCUGCUCACGGCCGUAUUUUCCGGGUCGACGGUACGACCUUCACUCACUCUGUAGUCUACUCCUGUAUGGAUGGAUAUCUCCUCUCAGGCACGCCCACCAGACACUGUCUGGCCAACGGCACCUGGUCUGGCACCGCUUCUAACUGCACCAUGAUCAGCUGCAUUGACCCAGGUGUUCCUGCUAAUGGUCUGAGGUUUGGAGAGGACUUCACUGUGGGCCACAACGUCACCUUCAUGUGCCAGCCUGGCUACCUGAUAGAGGCAGGCGGGGCCACAACUCGCACCUGUACCCACAAUGGCACCUGGAGCGCCACCACGCCCAUCUGCAAAGUGGUGACCUGCCCUCCGCCUCCUCCCAUCCACAACGGGCUCGUGGAGGGCUCCGUGUUUGAGUGGGGUACCAGCGUGAGCUACAGCUGCCUGCCCGGGUACGAGCUCUCCUUCCCGGCUAUCCUCACCUGUGUGGGCCUGGGCUCCUGGAGAGGAGAUCUGCCUCAGUGUCUGCCCAAGUUCUGUGGAGACCCUGGUACCCCAGCCAAGGGGAAAAGAGAAGGACGAAGUUUAAUCUACAAGUCAGAGGUUACCUUCAGCUGUAGCGCCCCCUAUGUCCUGGUGGGGUCAACUACACGCAUCUGUCAGGACGACAGCACCUGGAGCGGCUCUCAGCCACGAUGCAUAGAACCAUCCAGGACGACCUGUGAGAACCCAGGAACACCUGAAUACGGCUCCAUGAACAUCAGCCUGGGGUUCAAGGUGGGCAGUAAGGUGGAGUUCCAGUGCCAGCAGGGCCACCUACUCCAGGGUUCCACCACCCGACUCUGCCUGUCUGACCUCACCUGGAGCGGCUCUCAGCCAACAUGCAUCCCCCAUUCCUGUAAGCAGCCCAAGUCCCCUCCCAAUGCAGACGUGGUUGGGAUGGAGCUGGCUCCGUAUGGCUACACCCUGCUCUACUCCUGCCAGCCUGGCUUCAUCCUGUCUGGGGGGUCAGAACACAGGGUCUGCAGGUCUGAUGGAAGCUGGACCGGUAAGGUCCCCAUCUGCAGAGUGGGCUCCAAACAGACGGAGAAACCUACCACAACCUUACAGGGAACGCCAAGCCCCAACAUUCACGUCCCUGAUGACGUCUUCGCCCCUGAUUUCAUUUGGAGAGGCUCCUAUGAUUAUAAGAGUCAGAAACAACCGAUGACUUUGACCGUCACUCAUUUUAAUAGCAGCACGGGAAUAGUGAACGCGACGCUAAACGACAGCAACGUGGAAUUCCUGCUCUCUGGAGUGUAUAAGAACCGCGAGGCCAGGUUAAUGCUCCUGCUGUACCACAUGAAAGCCCUGGCCCACAGCACGUAUAGCCGGGUUACCGAGGAGACCUGGGCUAUGGAUGGUUUUGUCUCAGCUGAACCUGACGGGGGCAGUUAUGUAUUCCAAGGCUUCAUCGAGGGGAAAGACUAUGGACAGUUCGGGCUGCAGAGACUAGGUAUGAAGGUGAGAGAGAUCAACAUCACCACUGCAGGUCCUCCUCAUGUCUCCAACAGCAGCUCUAUGGUCAUAGCCAUCCUGGUACCUUUCUUUGGCCUCGUGUUGGCAGGCCUGGGAUUCUAUCUCUACAAACAACGGAAAACAGAUCAGACCCAGUACACCGGCUGUUCAGUCCACGAGAACAACAACGGCCAGGCGACGUAUGAGAACCCCAUGUACGACACCAACACCAAGUCUGCGGAGGGGAAAGUGGUUCGCUUCGACCCCAACCUCAACACCGUAUGCACUGUGGUUUGAAGAUGUGGGUGUGCCAAACGCACCGGGGUUUGACAAUGCUUUUGCCGAACAGGAAAGCUUGUUCAGAAAUGCAUCACUGGUUUGAUGCAACACUGCACUGUGGUUUAUUGAUGCUGUCUGACGAACGGAAUUGCCCGAGAGUUCUUUUGGUAAAAACAUUUUUAAAAAUGGAUGUCUUGUCUUUUAUAAUAUCUGUCUGCAACGAGUUUCUGAAGACGGCACAGCACCGCCUUGGGAAACAGGAAGGCACAGCACAGCCUCGGGAAACAGGAAGGCAAAGCACAGCCUCGGGAAACAGGAAGGCACAGCACAGCCUCGGGAAACAGGAAGGCACAGCACAGCCUCGGGAAACAGGAAGGCACAGCACCGCCUCGGGAAACAGGAAGGCACAGCACACCUUCAGGAACAACAGUUGUGCGUGUUGUGGAUGAUGGACGGGGUGAAUCAGCAAGCAGAAUGAGACGGUCCUCUUUUUAAAAUACAUCUUCACCUGAUGGGUGAAGUUAUUCCUACCUGCACUCUGAGAGUGAUGCUAUGUGAAUAAUGCCUUUCCUGACAUGUUAGUACACGAGUCGUUUACGCUCCAGUCAACGCAAACAAUGGAGCGUCGUUAAGGCAACAGUCAACGCGAACAAUGGAGCGUCGUUAAGGCAACAGUCAUCGCAAACAAUGGAGCGUCGUUAAGGCAACAGUCAACGCAAACAAUGGAGCGUCGUUAAGGCAACCAAAUGGAACCCUAGUCUUUUCCAGAUGGAAGUUAUCAGAGCUGGGUUCAAAUAUUAUUCAAAUUCCUUUAGCCUUUUGCUCUAGUCUGCCCCAGAGGGGUGGAGGGGGUUUGUCCUUUUGCUCUAGUCUGCCCCAGAGGGGUGGAGGGGGUUUGUCCUUUUGCUCUAGUCUGCCCCAGAGGGGUGGAGGGG